CUUGUCAAGGCAGAGAGCGACGGGAAGUGUCAAACAGCACGACGGAGAAACCCAAGCCAGAGUGUGUGAAGCGUCCACAAGACGGAGACGGGGACGUGGGUGGAGACCUGAAGCAAACCGUUCGCCGAGGAGUGCACAGGGCCCAACUGGUGGAACAGGGCCAGGAGGCCCGGCUCGCUUGCCACUUCUGUCUCCCAGAGACAGAGGAAGAGGAGGACGAGCACAAACAGUCCAUGCUGUGGUUCAAACUUUACCACAGUCGGUUCACCAAAAUGUACAAGGCUCGUGAAGUUGAUUUGGACACCCAUGAUGACCAGUCCUUGAACAGGGUCUACGUCACUGACAGCCAUACUCUAGUACUGAGGUCAGCAGAGGUCAAAGACACGGGCACCUACUUCUGUAGAGAUAUGACCUCUGGCAAGUUGCCUUUUAAAGGACGUCUGAGUGAGAAGAAUGUCGUCCGACUCUUUGAGGAAUGGGGCCUGUGUACGCUGUGUGGAGCGGCGGGAACUCGGCGCCGUGUUGGUCAGUGCGUCAUUAGAAAGCUUGACCACGCCAAACCCGCCUCUCCCUGGUACCUGGACGCUGUCCUUGGCUCCCUGGAUGAUGGGCUUCCUUGUAGGUCCUCAAUGCUGGCUGGUCACCAGACAAUAAGCAACAUGAUCUCCAGGCCAGAUUUACUUCAGCAAGAGGAAUGCAACGUCACAUGCGAUGCCCACAUGUUGAUGUUCAAG